CAGUCCCGCACUCUUAACCACUAUGCCACACCAAGAAACUGGGAAUUGGUCAUCCUUCAUUCCUGAAGCCACUUAAAAUUAAGCAGGGGAUGGAAUUCUCUAAUUCCUACCACAUGAUAGUUUCUUAAUCUCUUGCACACUUCUAUAUCCUGUUAGGACCUCAAGCAAGGUGUUUCUCUACUCUCCUCAGUUUUCUUUAUCUUCCAUUGACAUCCUGAACUCUAAGUCUUCCAAGUGCAGUCUAUCUUCUAUGGAUGCUGCAAAGUCCACAUGUUCUCAUCCAGCUAUUUGAUGGUUUCCUUUUUUUUCCUUUGAAUUUGCAAGCUGUUAUAUUUGUGUAUAUUUGGGGAACCUCUGAAGUAUCUAGAAACCCCCACAUUAUUUUGAGUGCCCCUGUUUUGCUUUCCUGCUUUAUUACAUGUGUUUGGUAUUCAAGGAAAUGAUGCUGACAAUUUAGCACCACUGAUCUACAUGGAAAUUUCCAGAUUCAAAUGGGUGAUAAUCAACCAAAACAAAACAAGCCACUCCCUUGAACUGAGGAGCUUAGGAUUUAAAGAAAGGAGAGUAUUACAGGGGACAUAUAUCAACAAAACAUGUUUGAGUUAUGCAGUUGAAUGCGUAUAGCUAAAUAGAUUAUUGGAUGAUGCUCUGACAUAGGGGCUCUCUACUACAGUAUUGUUUUGUUUUUCUGUUGGUUUACCCUCAUGGGCUUUCUGCAUCCCUUUGUCUCUUUAGAAUACAUAUACAAACACAAUUUAUUGUACAGGAUAUUAUAGUCCAAUAUUUACAUCAGUUAACAAAAGAACCUGGAAACUGAACACAAUAUCUUCAAAUCAAAAUAAAUUAAGUUUCAUUAAAAAAAUUGGGCAGAGCAGAAAUGGAAGAUUUCUGCUAUUGUCUUUCUGCCAUCUGGCAAUAGAAAAAAUAAGUAGCUUUUUUAAAUGGUUGAACUCUCAAAAUAGCUAACAAUAUACAUGGUAGAAUGAAACCCCAUCUCUCUCUGCUCUGUUGUGGUCAAUCUGUUCCGUGAUUUGUCCCUAGAAAUCUCAGUGGAGUUGUAUUUUCUCUCCUAGGCUAAAAACAGCAUGCAAGGGUGCUUCAUGGUUUGAGCAAUCUGGAAGAAAUUAGUGUUUUUUGUCCCUCUACUGUAGGCACAUGUGUUUUUUAAAGCAAGGCUGCUGUUUAUGUGCUAUUUGUCAGCAUUUGCCAGUUAAAUUACAGUGGAAAGUUGUCCAGACGGCCCCUGCUGCUUAAGUAUCUCCCUACGUUUUUAUUCCAUGAUGUAAACAUGGGUCACAUUUGCCAAGAAAGCGUGAUCGUGAGUGAGUACAAAUGUGAAACCAGGGCCAGAAAAUCACAUGGGUGGGUGUAAUUUUGCAUGCUCUGAGCACAUUGGAGUCUUAAGGUUCACAGCUCGAUCUCUGUUGUCUUAAGCAGCGAGUAUUCAAGGGUUACAUAAGAUAAAGCUAUAAGAUAAGAUGUUAUAAUACAAAAUAAUAAUAAGCAGGAAAAGGCAGGUUAAAGCUUAAAGCAAAAACUGAAGCCAGGGAAACCAGAACAGCAAGACAUGGGCCAGCCAAGUGCUUACCCAGAGAAAGAAGCCUUUGUGAGCUUUGUGACCCACAUGUUUGGAAGAGCUGUGAACAGACGGUCCUCCAUUUCAAAGGCCAUCCAGGCCAGUUAAGAUAAAAGGUGACAAGAGUGGUCUUUGUGAAGAUGCAGAUUUUACACUGAGUGUUAGGACCUUGAAGCAGCCAGAGCAGGAUUUCUCAAACUGUGGCUUGGGACCCCUCAGUGGGUAUUAGCCUACCUUCAGGGGGGCUUGGGGGGCUGCAGAGUUCCCAUUGCCACUUUGGUGGCCCUGCUGUGACUCUGUGGAGGAGGAGGAAAACAGGAUGGAGUAAGCAGUUUUCUCUACUUGGAGCAGCGGACCCUAACCUGCUAGGUUCAGUGAGUCCAUUUGGAAUCUUGAGAGUGCCAUGGACACUCUCACAAAAUGACCGCCAUGGAAGGACUCACUCAUUUAUGAAGUGGCUGUCAAGAAGAAUCAUGAUGCGAAAGCACCUGGUGAUCUGCUACAUGGCACUGCUCCUGGUUCUGCUCCAGACUGAUGCCGUGGCCUCCAGAAGAGGAAGCAAAUCCCGCGGCAGCAGCAAACCCAGCAGGCCUUCACACAGCAGACCGGCUCAUCAGCCAAGCCGACCGGCUCAUCAGCCAAACAGGCCGGCAAAUAAACCCAGCAAACCCGUACACAACAAACAUGUCCAGCCUGCGCAAAAUCCCCCACCAUACAACCCUGCUUAUGCCCCACAGAAUCCCGCCAACCCCCCACGAAAUCCCGGGAACCCCCCACCAUACAACCCUGCUUAUGCCCCACAGAAUCCUGCCUACCCCCCACGAAAUCCUGUGAACCCCCCACAGAAUCCUGCCUACCCACAAAACCCAGGCUACCAGCCACAAAAUCCCGCCUUCCCAGCACAACAUCCUGGCUAUCCUGUUCGGAACCCCAGCAACCCACACGACCCGAGCUGGGCUCAGCCGUGGAAGCCAAAGAACCCCAAGCUCAAGACGAAGCACGUGGCAGGAGCGGCUGUGGCGGGGGCUGUGGUGGGGGCAGCGGGCGGCUUCCUCAUGGGCCGAGCCCUGUCGAACAUGCGCUUUCAUUUUAACAACCCAGAUGAGGAACGGUGGUGGUACGAACACCGCAACCGCUAUUCCGAUCGCGUUUACUACCCUCAGUACGCACAGCCCGUGCCAGAGGAUACCUUUGUGCAAGACUGCUGGAAUGUCACUGUGAGGGAGUUCAUUGAGCCCAGCGGGAACCAGAUGGCUGACGAGAUGGAAAGCCGGGUGGUGAGACGAGUGGUGCGUGAGAUGUGCAUAGAGCAGUACCGGAGCUUCUCGAGCCGUGCCGGCGGAGGCAGCUUGGGCCCUCAUGAGAGCAACCCAGCAGGGCCGAGGCCGAUCACACCUGGAAUGAGGCAGGUGGCCGGGGAAGGAGUCACGGGCCUGGUCGUGGCGGAAGGUGGUGGUCCCCUCUUGGGCAGCUCCUGGUCUGAGAUGCAUUUCCUGUUGAAUGACAGUGAUGAGCAACAGUGGUGGAAGGACAACCAGGACCGUUUCAGCCACCAGUUUUACAAGCCGAACUAUAGCCAGCCUCUCUCGAAGGAAGCUUUUGUGGAUGACUGUGUGAAUGUCACCGUGGAAGAGUACCUGAGACCGAGCGGAAACCAGACUGCAGAUGAGAUGCAAACCAGGGUCGGGACACGAAUAAUAGAAAAGAUGUGCGUCAGAUUGUUCCACAGCGUCUUUAGCCUCACAAAGCAAGGUGGGUUUGCCCAGUCUAAUAAGCCAGAGGAACCUACCAUGCCAGCCUGGAUUGGGAUGAAGCACUUGGCAGAACCAGCUAUCCCUGGUACCGCAGCCGGAGCCAGAUGGGGCUCGUCUCCCAAGAGUGCCGCAUCUAAGAUGGACCACUCUUUCCAUGUGGGCAAUGCUCUGCAUCUCUCCAGCCCCACGAUGCGUUUGCUCCUCACGCUGUUCCUGUGUUUCCUGAUACCCUGAUGUGGCACUCCUCAGCGUCCCUCCUGCUGUUGAUCUGGGAAACGUCCAGAAGGUACGAGGUCAUCGUAAAACUACAGAUCUGUGGAGAACACAUUCUCGCUUCUGCAUGUUCCUCUUCGGCGGACUAUCUUUAGCAGCUGUUAUGUGUGCUAGGUACAAACGAACUCAGGCUUUUGUGCAUACUUAUUCCUUUAUAACUCUCUCUCCAACUACCUGCUGGUUCAAAAUAAUUUAUAAGGAAAGAGGCAACUUUUGUAGUGAUUGGAGAAAGCCAACAAGAAUGAAAGUCUCUGUAUUCAUAGCUCAUUGUGCCUAAUUUAACAGAACAUGAGCAUGCAACCUAAUGGAAACACUGGAAAAUAUAUCCUUUGCCAACCAAUUCCCAUUGCAUGGAGCCUUGGGGAGAACAUGAUUAUUUCAAGGGCAUGUUUUAUCAUGUAGUGUGCCAUUUUGCAUCACUGAAAAAACUUUCAGUUUUGAGAAAAAGGAAGGAUUUCCCAA